UGCAGCAGCAGCAACUGCAGCAGCAACUGCAGCAGCAGCAGCAGCAGCAGCAGCAGCAGAAGCAGCAGCACAGUUGUGGCGGUGUGUGGGUGUGGGGCGAAGACAGCGCGGGCUCUCUACUAACAGAGUUUAUCUGUCUCAGCAGCAGACGCAUGCGCCUGAUGGAGGCUACUCUAUCGGAGCCGCUGCCGCAGCAGCUGAAGCAGCAGCUGCCGCUGCUGCUGCCUGGCUGCUUCCUGCGCAUGCAGUGGCUUGAGCGAGCUGUCUUUGCUGCUCACCUAUGGGCCAGACUGAAGCGGCAUGCGCCGCUGCAUGCGGCGCUGCGGCUGCUGCUGGGGGGCGUCGAUCCCGCCUCCCUGCGGAUGGCUCUUGAGCUGCUGCAGGGGCUGGGCUCCCGUGUAGGCGUAGCAGCAAGAGGGCUAGCUGUGCUGCUGCAGCAGCUGCAGCCGCAGCUGCAGCAGCAGCAGCAGCUGCUGCUGCUGCAGCAGCAGCAACACGAUCGCCACACUGUCAGCACCAGCAUGACUCCCGCAAACACCAACACCACCAACACCACCAGCAACAGCAGCAGCAGCAGCAGCAGCAGCAGCAGCAGCAGCAGCAACAGCUCGCAGCUGACCUGCCUCGCCGUUGACUCUGUCUGGCGGCUGCUGCGCUUCCUACAGAGCGUCUCCGUCACCUUCUUGGGGCCCCCCGGCUCUGCUGCUAUACACGCCCCUUUUGCUGCAGCAGAACUGCAUAGGUGCUUGGUGACGGACUAUGAAGUUGUGUGUCGCCCGUUCUAUGCGUAUUUAUUUGAGGGCAGACCUGACGGCGGUGCUGCUCCUCAUCAGCUGCAGCAGCAGCAGCAGCAGCAGCUGCUGCUGCUGCAGCACCACCAGCAGCAGCUUCCUUGGGUUCCGCCUGUUGCUCGUCUGCUGCUGCAGGACAGACGCAGCCGCUACGGCGGCAUUUCAUCUGUUGCUGGGUUAGCAGCUCUGUGUGAGUCUCUUGCUUCGCAUCUAUGGGGACGUUCUGCUGCUGCUGCUGCUGCUGCUCCUGCUGCUGCUGCUGCUGCUGCUGCUCCUGCUGCUUCUGCCUUUCAGGUUGUUCGCAGCGUCGGUGUAGACGCUCAGGCGCUUGCUGCAGCAAAUGCUGUUCUGGGGCGGGUCUGGCUGGUCCCUCACCUGCUGCACCUCCUCAUGCUGCUGCUGAACAGCAGCUUGGAGAGACAGCAGCAGCAGCAGCAGCAGCAGCAACAGCAGCAGCAGCAGCAGCUGAAAGCUGCAGGAGACUGCACCGGGCAAAGCAGGAAUGGAAACGGAAGGGACGUGACCGCUUCAGACUCAACAGCAGCAGCAGCAGCAGCAGCAAGUACUGCUGCUGCUGCUGCUGCUGCUGCUGCUGCUGAGGAUAUAGCUACUGUAAGCAGCUGCUGCGCCUCUGUGGUUCGGUCUGUAGGAGACGCGCUGCAGCGGCUGCUGUCUUGGCAGGCAGCGUUGGUAGCUAACGACGAAGCAGCAGCAGCAGCAGCAGCAGCACUAGCUGCAGCACCAGCAGCAGCAACAAAAGCUACACCAGGUGAUGGCACCCGGCGACCCAGCAGCAGCAGCAGCAGCAGCAGACAGACGUGUGUUUGCCCUAGCGAGGCUCUGGUUGACGCAGCAAUUGUGUUCCUUCCUGUUUCAUGCAAUCCAGCAGCAGCAGCAGCAACAGCAGCAGCAGCAGCCCCUCGCUCCUCCUCUUCCUCCACAGCAGCAGCAGCAGCAGCAGCAGCAGCAGCAGCAGGUCCGCACAGCAGCAGCGCGUCAGGCCUGACCGGCUGGCACAGGGGAUCGCCUUGGGAGUCGAUCCCCGCGGCCCCACAAGGCGCAGCAGCAAUCCGGGUCACCUCUCGGGGGGCCCGGCUGCUGCAGCAGCACUUCAAGCGGACGCAGCAGCAGCUGCUGCAGACAGCGCGGGGCCCCUGCAUCGUUGAGGUAUGGGUGAGGACGGUGGGUACUGCGAUGGCUGAGUUGGCGGCGCAGGAGCAGGCUGCUGCUGCUGCUGCUGCUGCUGCUGCCAGCAGCAGCAGCAGCAGCAACAGCAGCAGCAGCAGCAGCAGCAGGAGCAGACGCAGCUUUGUUGCACUGGGGGUUGUCGCAGCAGCAACAGCAGCAGCAGCAGCAGCAGCAGGAGCAGACGCAGCUUUGUUGCACUGGGGGUUGUCGAUACACCCGGUGCUGCAGAUACAGCAGCACGGCUGUCUUUGCCUGUUGAGGAGACAUUUGCUGUUGCUGCUGCUGCACUGCCUGGCUGCUGCUGCCUGCUGCUGCAGAGCAGCAGACCAGGAUACAGCCGAUGAAGACCAGCAGCAGCAGCAGCAGCAGGAGAACCAACAGCAGCAGCAGCAGCAGCAGCAGCAGCAGCAGGGGCCGGUGUACUGCGAAUGCGGCCGCAUGUUCUUCCUCGAUGGUGCAUUCAGUGAGCUGCACCUGGGGCUGAGGGCGCAGCUGCGGGUGGCCAAGGAAGCAGCAGAAGCGCUGCAGCUGCAGCAGAUGUGGCUCGAAGCAGCAGCAAACUGCUGCGACAAGCUCUGGCUCGCCUUCAGGGCUUGCAUUGCUGCAUGCGGCUCUGCUGCUUCCACCAGCCUGGGGGGUGUGGGGCCCCCAGGGUCACUGCAGCAGCAGCAGCAGCAGCAGCAGCAUGCUCCGCAGGAUAGCGGCAACAACAGCAGCAGCAGCAGCAGCAAGUGCUGCUGCUGCAGCAGCAACGAAGUUCUUCUCCCCCCCAUGCAGGCUGCGCUGGACGAAAUUGCGAGGGCCCUGGGGUGGGCUCUGCCGCACCUGGAGCACGCCCCUCACCAGCAGGGACCAGCAGCAGCAGCAGCAGCAGCAGCAGCAGCAGCGGAAGCAGCAACAGGAACGGCUACAGAGGACGCUGCAGUGCGAGGGCAGCAGCAGCAACUGCAGCAGCAGCAGCAGCAGCAGCAGCCGUUGGUUGCCCGUCACGGGGCAGCGAAUUUCCUGCGUCUGCUGAGCGUGUCGCCAUCCACAGCAGCAGCAGCAGCAGCAGCAGCAGCAGCAGGUACACCGGCAGCAGCAGCAGCAGCAGCAGCAGCAGACGUAUCGUUGGCUAGCGUGCAUGCAGCAGCAGAUAGAUAUCUACAUAUGACCCCCACACUGCUGCAGCAGGAAUCCCCAGGGGUAGGCCUGGGUGCUUCUUUCCUCUCUGACUUGGUGUGGCUGUGCGUCAUCGCCCCUGACGGCCAGCAGCAGCAGCAGCAGCAGCAGCAGAGGCGGCGGCGACGGGCGAAGGCUGUGAAGAGAAGGCCUGCGUUGUGUCUGGUUGCUGAGACAGUUGCUGUUGCUUUGGUGCAGCAGCUGCUGCGGUGGCUGCUGCAGCACGCGCAGCGGCGACACAUAAGCAUGUGGCUGCUGCAGCAGCAGCACGAGGAGCUGCUGCAGCGGCUGGUAGCAGCAGCUUGCUGCGGUCGUCCCCUUCUUGGCCGUCUCUCGCUGCGGCUAGUGCAUGCAGCUGUUGUUGCUGCUAGCAGCCGCUGCAGCAGCUGUGGGCUUGCUGCUGCUGCAGCACAAACCCUCGAUGUUGCUGCUGCUGCUGCACCUCUGCUGCCGACAGCUCCCUGCUGGCAGUUGGCCUCACUCACUGGCUUGGGGGUCCGUCAAGCAGACAGCAGCGCGACACCCGCUGCUGCUGCAGCUGCUGCUGCUGCUGCUGCUGCUGCUGCUGACGCAGAGCAGCAGCAGCUGGAGAGCUUAAAAAGCCCAGCAGCAGCGGCGGCAGAUGGUCUAGGUGCAUCAGCAGCAGCAGCAGCAGCACCACCUCCACCACCAACAGCACCAACAGCAGCAGCAGCAGCAGCAGCAGCAGCAGCAGCAGCAGCAGCAAGUAUAAGCCCUCUAGGAUUGCUGCGGCCGUGGGGCAGCAGCGUGUGUCUUCGUUACGUGCUGCUGCGCGCUGUCUUUCCCCUGGACCUUAUAAACCCCAGCUGGUGGCGGCUGCAGGUUUUGCUGCCGACAGCAGAAGCAGAAGUUGUUGCUCUCACGGGAUAUGAUGUGCGGCGUCUGUGUCGGGGGCAGCAGCGGCCGUCCUCGCAUAAGGAGCCGCAGCUGCUGCGGUUUGAAUCUUUUGCUGCUAAGACAAAGGAGGGGUCCAAGCUACACAAAAACCUCAAGGCAAGUGCUGCUGCUGCUGCUGCUGCUGCUGUUGUUUUUGUUUUUGUUGUUGUUGUUGCUGCUGCUGCUGUUGCUGUUGGUGCUGCUGUUGUUGCUGUUGUUGUCGCUUGCAGCAGCAGCUCUCUGCAGCAGCAUAUGAGUUCAGUGUAUGGGGGUGCUCGAUGGCAAGGGGAUCCAAAGGAUACGCAUGCAGCAGCAGCAGCAGCAGCAGCAGCACCUGAGGCCUUUCCUGCUGCUGUAGAUAUUGUUGCUUUGCCGCUGCCGAAGAAGGGGGUGCUGAAGCUACGUACACUGCAUAAGCCGCUGCGAGCAGCCCGGCUGCUGCUGCCUCACGCGGUCAUCCACAGAGCAGCACCGCGUGCAGCAGCAGCAGCAGCAGCAGCAGCAGCAGCACCAGCAGCAGCAGGAGGCACCACAGAACAAUACUAUCCCCCUCUAGACCCCAUGCGUUCUCUGCAUCUAUGUAUACUGACACUGGAGCCGUUUGCUGCUGGCUUUGAGGUGUACGUACACCGCAAGACAGAACAAAUAACGAGGGGGCUGCGCAGGCGGCAUUCGCUUAAAGAUAUGUUAACUGCUGCUGCAGCAGCAGCAGCAGCAGAACCAGCAGCAGGAGGAGGAGCAGCAGCAGCAGCUGCAGCAGCGCAUGCAGAUGCAUUCGUUCGAGUACCCCUACAGAGACUGCCAAUCAAAGACCCCUGCAACCUUGCUGCUGCACUGAAGCAAAAACGCCAGCAGCAGCAGCAGCAGCAGCAGCAGCAGCGACGUGUGCAGCAGCAGCAACUACAGCAGCAGCAGCAGCAGCAGCAACUACAGCAGCAGCAGCAGCAGCAGCAGACAGACCUGCAGCACCUGCUGCAGUGGCAGUGGGCUGGUCUCUUCGGCAACUGGGAGCUGCAGGCGCAGAGCGCCAAGCUGCAGCGGGCCCUCGUGCUGCAGGACCUGCGGCGAGCAGCAACAGCAGAGCAGCAGCAGCAGCAGCAGCAGCAGCAGCAGGAGCGGCAGCAGCGGGAGCAGUAUGAGGAUGCAGGAGCAGAGGCUCUAUCGCAGCUACGAGCAGCAGGAGGAGGAUUCCUGGUGGGUGUGCUGCAGCAGCUGCAGCAAGCUGUUGCUGCUGUUGCUGCAGCAUCAGCAGGGUUCAGAGCGCAGCCUUUGCCAGUGCGUGAGUUGCUGGCAGUAACAGCAUCAACACCAGCAGCAGCAGCAGCAGCAGCAGCAGCAGCAGGUGCUGCUGGAGAAACAAAAGUAUUUCACUUCUUACACUGGGAGACAGAUGAGGAGACACUGCAGCAGCUCAGAGCUGCUGUCUCUCGGGCUCAGUCGCUGCUGCGUGUCUUUGCUUUGAAGGCGGGGGCAGCAGCACAGCCGCCGCAUGCGCUGCUGCAGGAGUUGACGGGUUUGUCUCCUCCCUCGCUUCUAUCCCCCUCCCCUCACCCCCUGCAGCAGCAGCAGCAGCAGCAGCAGCAGCAGCAGCAGCGGCAGAAGGCAGCAGAGAGCAGCAGCAAACACAGGGGCCUCUCCUCAUGGGCUACACCCACCGUGCUGCUGCAGUACUGGGGGGAGGCGUGGGAGUCGUUCGAUCCCCAGGAGAGUUGCUGCCGCCUCUGGCAGGCUCUGCUGUUCCCUGCUGUUGCUAGACAAUACACCCCACACCUGCAGCAGCAGCAGCAGCAGCAGCAGCGCAGCAGCAGCAGCAGCAGCAGCAGCAGGAGCGGGGGGUGCAGCGUGCUGCAUUGGGAGUUAAUGCAGCAGGAGCGUGUUGCAGCAGCAGCAGCAGCAGCAGCAGCAGCAGUUGGUGCGGCUGGCAGCAGGAGCGGCAGCGAGCGCAGUCUCCUCGGUGACCUCAUGCACGUGCUGGGUGCUGUCUCUGCAGCAGCAGAUGUAGUGCAGCAGCAGCAGCAGCAACAGCAGCAGCAGCAGCAGCAGCAGCAGCUUGGGCCUGUGCUGCAGAAAGGAGACAGCGAGGGAAGGAACUGUCUCCUCCCCCUAACUGCAGCAGAAGGGGCGGCCUAUCGCUUUGUCUCUUUGCUGCUGCAGGAUGUGUCUCCGAUGGCUGCAUGCGCUCUCCCGCUGCUGCGUGCAGCCCCCACAGCAGCAGCAGCAGCAGCAGCAGCAGCAGCAGGAGCAGCAGCAGCAAGUGGGGCAGAGAGAGAGAGCAGCAGAAGGGACCGCACUGCAGACAACGCCCUCGUGCUGCGCCCCUGCUGCGAUGGAGACGCUGCGGUGUCUAGGCAGCUCGGCGAUACACCGCAGCUGCUGGGGGUCAAAGCAGAUGUUUCUUUUGCUUUGCUGCGGCUGCUGCCUGCUGCAGCACGAGCAGCACUGCAUCCUAGUGCAGCAGCAACAGAGCCUUAUCUUCCUAUGGAAGAACCAGCUGCUGCAGCACCAGCAGCAGCAGCAGCAGCAACAGCAGCAACAGCAGGAACCGCAGCAGCAACAGCAGCAGCAGACAAACAGGGUGCAGCAGCUACCGCUGCUGCUGCUGCAGAUGCUAGAAAGCAUAGAGAAAGGCCGAAGGCUCUGGUGCGUGUGUCGCUGCUGCUGCGGCUGCUGCAGCAAUGGAGUUUUCUUUGUCUGCCUGCUGCUGACGAGGCAUCGCAGCGUGUGUUGUGUAUGAUAUAUAGUGCUGCUGCUCCUGAUGCUGCUGCUGCUGCAUCGUUUGCUGCAGCAGCAGCAGCAGCAAACAGCUGGCGUCAGUGCCCCGAAGGAGCGGUGUCGUGGAGGGUUGUGUGUGAGGUGGCGCAGCUGCUGCCUAGUCUGCUGCUGCAGCAGCAGCAGGGAGCAGCAGGAGCAGCAGCACGGCAGCAGAAGGUGAAGUGUUUGCUGCAGCAGGUAGCAGCAAUGGGUUUAACUCAUCGGCGGGCUGCAGCAGCAGCAGAAGCAGUGCAGCAGCAGGAAGCAAGAACAGACCUUCAGCUGCUGCUUGCUGUUGCUCCUGCAGCAGGAGACACAAGGCCUAUAGAGGAUGCGUGGGUGCUGCAGUCUGGGUGUAGAGCAGCAGACUACGAAGACAACGAUGAUAUUGCUGCUGCUGCUGCUGCUGCUGCAGCAGCAGCAAAGGAGACACAAGACCCCUCUUUCUCCUCUGUCUGCACUGUCUCUCGUCGGCCCCCACCAUACAACGGCCACAUAAACACAGGGGAGCUGCAGCAGCAGUUUCUGCUGCCGCGCUGCUGCUCUGCAUGCACAGAGAGCGCGCGACGGCGGCCGUCAUCUACAGCUGUUGCUGCUGCUGCUGCUGCAAUGAGUGAAAUACAAAAGGAGCCUCGACGCUGCGGGGCGGCUGCGGCGGCGGCGGUUCAGGCCGUUGGGUGCGUGGGAGGGGAGCAGCGGGGGAGAGAGUGA